AUGAUCCAGGCUAUGCUACAGCGCCUUGCGCGCUUCCUAGACAGGCCUUUCUUUCCAUGGAAACAUUUCGUAGUCGGCUUCUCUCUCGCUGAAUUCGCUCUCGAAAACUGGCUUCUUUUCCGCCAAUACCGUGUCCUCCAACGUACCACUGUCCCCAAGGCUCUCAACAAGGAAAUCGAUCAGGAAACAUUUGAUAAAUCUCAGAAAUAUGGUCGUGCAAAGGCAAAAUUCAGCUUCAUCUCCGGAAUCUACAACCAGAUUAAACACAUCGCUACCAUCUACUUCAACCUCUACCCCUUCGUUUGGAGCGUCGCUGGUUCCGUCAUUGCCCGCUAUGCGCCCAUGCGCUUCUCGGGCGAGAUAACACAGUCGCUACUCUUCAUGUACAUGCUAGGAUGGAUUGAUCUCGUCCUCGGUCUCGGGCUGUCCUACUAUCACACCUUUGUACUCGAGGAGAAGUUUGGCUUCAACAAGAGCACCGUGCAGCUAUGGAUCACAGACAUGGUCAAGGGCCAGGCUCUCGCAAUCGUCUUCGGUAUCCCCAUUGGCAGCGCCUUCCUCUCCAUCAUCAAGCGCACCGGCCAAAACUUCUUCUACUACCUCUGGGUCUUCAUGCUCGUGGUCCAAAUCUCGGCCAUGACCAUCUACCCCAUCAUCAUUGUCCCCUUGUUCAACAAGCUCGAACCCCUCAAGCCUGGCAAACUCAAGGAGGACGUCGAGGCCCUCGCUUCCAAGCUCGAGUUUCCACUUUCCGAACUCCAAGUCAUUGACGGUAGCAAGCGCAGCGCACACAGCAACGCCUACUUUACGGGACUGCCGUGGAUCGGCAAGAAGAAGAUUGUCAUUUACGACACGCUGCUUGAGAAGAGCAAUGAGAAGGAAGUCGAGGCUGUCCUGGCACACGAACUCGGUCACUGGCAGAUGAACCACACGUCCAGACUGCUCUUCAUUGGCCAGGCCCAUCUAUUCUACAUGUUUGCCCUCUUCUCCGUCUUUGUCAACAACAGGUCCUUGUACGCCGACUUUGGCUUCCACCGCGAACAGCCCACCAUCGUUGGCUUCAUGCUGUUCAACGAGAUUCUCUCGCCCACCGAUUCCAUCCUGAAGCUCCUGAUGAACAUGUGGACCCGCAAGAUGGAGUAUGAGGCUGAUGCCUUCGCCGUGAAGCUCGGAUACACAAACGAGCUUGGCUCCUCGCUACUAAAGCUCCAAAUCCAGAACUUGUCGAGCAUGGAUGCCGAUUGGCUGUACUCGAGCUUCCACCACUCGCACCCAAUCUUGACGGAGCGCUUGAAGGCUAUGAACUGGGUUGGCGAGAAGAAGGUGGUGGAGGAGAAGGCUGCGGACGAGGAGAAGCCUAUCAAGGCUUCUGAUCGGGAGUUGUAG